AAGAGCGCCUCUGCUGGUGACGAGAUAUUGACAAACAAAGCACGUAUGGAGUAACUCACUCGCGAGGAACACAAGAAAAACACGCGAGAAUGGCUGAAUUAACAGUUUGGGGUCUCGUGGUCAUGAUCACACUGUCCGAAGUGAUCAUCAACACAUGCAAUUUCAUCCACGGGAACAGCCACGGUUACAUACCACAAAGUAACGACGCAAGGUAUUUGCAGAUAGACCCCCUGCACAAUGGUGUUAGGAUAUCAAAAUACGAAGAGGAUGUUUUCGCAUCGAGCUCUCUUCUUUCUCUGACACCGCGCAUGCUGGACUUCAAGGAUAGACCACUUGGAGUGCCUCACCAGGAAAAGGUGACAGUGUUGAAUACUGACAGCAACAAGACCAUCCACCUCACCUCAAUAUCGGGCACAACGCCUCAUUUUCACUGUUCGUUCUUUGAAGACAAGGUGGUGCCGCCCCUGGGGAACACGAGUUUCAGCGUCGUGUUUCUUGGCAGAGAAGAGGGUCUGGCCGAGAGUAUGCUCUUCAUCCACACUUCGGAGGGCACAGUCAAGUUCCAGGUCAAAGGCAACAGUGUCAGCUCACCGUAUCGGUUACGACCGCUGGUUGGCCUCCAGAUGCCCAUCAACGCCAGUUUCUCACCCCUCAUCCACAUGCACAACCCACAUCCAAAUCCCAUUCAAAUAAUGGAGAUAUACAGCAGUGGAGGAGAGGUGAACCUGGAGUUGCCAACCGGUGAACUCGAGGCUGUCAAAGAGCUCUGGGAAAUCCAGCCUUUCGAGACCAAGGCUGUGAUCCGAGCAAAGUUCAUGGCCAAUGUGCAGCGUAAUCACACCUGCUACCUGAGGAUCAGAGUCAACGGCACCACCGAGCACCUUGUUGUGCCGUUUGAGGUGGAAGUCGGUUCUUCUGCAGGGCUUUACCCACCAGAGCCAGCCAUCGACCUCGGAGUUUUAGGCUCCGAGUAUGGCCCGAAGAGGUUUCCCAUCUCGCUCCUCAACUCGAGCAAGAAAAGCGCUGUCAUUCAGAGUGUUUACACGGAACCAGCAACUGAUGCUGUCAAAAUUGAAUUCGAGAGCUUGAAAGUCCCACCAGACUCAAAAGUGGCAACUAAAAUUGCGAGCAUCACAUUUUACCCUGAUAUUGCGUACAAAGAAAAACACUUUUCUGGCACUAUCGUGGUCAAGGGCAAGAACAAAAUCGUCAUCCCUUACCACGUGGUUGUGCUGCCUGGAGGUCUCAACUACAACGCUUCGUUCGCAAGCUUCUGCUUGGACGAGGUCAUAGCAUCACGGAACCUGACUGUCUGGAACACUUUCCACUACCCUGUGGUCAUCAGCAAUGUCACCCUUGCUGCAGACGCUAAUAAAUACUUUCAGAUAAGCAAUUUUACCGCACAAGCCAUCAAGCCCGGCAUGAACGUGACCCUCUUCCAGCUGAUUCCGAGGUCAAAGUCUCCCAUCCCAAAAGGUUUCAGACUCGAGUCUUCUUUGGAAAUUGUGACAAACGUUUCGGUCAUUUCUGUGCCGGUUCUGUGUUAUGACGGGAAAAUUGUGAAGAUGAUAGCUGAGAGAGACAGGGGCGAAGAAGAAGAGCCGACCCUCGAUUUGGGCUUGAUGGCAACCCGCAGUGAGCGAAGUGUUGAGUUUAUUCUGCACAACCCGAACCCGGUUCCGAUAGUCAUAAAGGCCAUCGGCGUAGAACCCGUGCGGGGUGGUGACCUGGAGACGACCCUCCUGCUGCUUGGUACGGGCAAAACAAGUCACAAAGACGUAAUGGAACAGUGGUUCACGUCCCCUAUGAAUUUGUCCUCUGAUAACGUGAUCCAGUCAAAGGGAUUUGCAGUCUUCAAGUGCCAAAUACUCACAGGCUACGAGGAAGGCUACUUUUCGGGGGAACUGGUUGUCAAGACAAAAUUCGAGACCAUGCUGUUGCCUUUCAGACUCAAAGUCUCUAAGGGGCAGCUGCGCCUUGACCCAUCUGAGAUCCUCUUCGAUGACGCUUUCCCAGGGAGAAAAUCAGUACAGCGACUUGUGCUCCACUCAGAAUUUCAGCAACACAUGCGGAUUGUGUCUCUGGGCGGCCGCGAUGAGCGACUUACCUUCAUCAAAAUUGCAGACGUCGGCGUCAAACCGUUUUCAUCUUCAACAAUAGGAGAGCUACUUUUCGAUCCCCAGGUCACAUGCCCUGGAGUUUGUUACCUAGGCAUUGAUUAUGACACUCAAGCUGGCCAGAGAUGGUUGGAGGGGUUGUCAAUGCAGCCGAGCACGUGGCGGAGCGACCUGGAAAUUUUGAACACCUUCUACUCGAGGUUCAGAGCCUCGGGGGCAAUGCAGUGGGUCAACACAACUCUAAGACUGGACACCACCGAGGUCAGGGGUCACUUGGUUCCUCUGUCCACAAGACUGAUCUGGCCAUCACUCAUCACCUGCGGAAAGCACAUAGAUUUCCCUCUGACACAAGUGGGCAAUUCCUCGAAGAUAACGUUGCACCUCUACAACCCGUCGGAUAGCCCUUUAAUCGUACAGUUGGUCAUCGGAGACUUGUAUGCACCCAUAGAUGAGAUUCAUCAAUAUUUACCUGAAGAUUUGCAACCACCAAAUGCGUGUGGUGAAGACAGGGGUGAAUUCAAAGUCGUCAAGGAUGAAGGAGAAUUUGAAAAUCUGCAGCACAGUUCACUGGACUGGAUAAGCAACUCCGAUGACGAAAACUCGUUCAUAGGGACAAAACCACACCAGGACAGUGUCACCUUUGUUCUGGAGCCGGGGGCCGAGUACCCCGCAGUGGUUCAGUACACGCCCAGGGACACCCAUGCGGCCAGUUCGCUGCUCUACGUGAAGAAUAACUUGACCGUCGUGGAAAUCUUCAGGCUCUCGGGUCAAGGAGCGGUGGCUCAGUUUAAAUUCGGGAAUCGCAAAUCGGGUGUCUCGCCUCCCCUGCAGUUCGACAUGCCAAAGAAAAUUGAAAAGGAGUGCCGCAAGGGCGUGUGGAGUCAAAACAUCAUUCCGAUGCUGAGCGUCAAACGCUCCUUCACCGCCAGAAACACUGGGGAGCUCCCGGUCUACGUGUCCAACUUCCACAUCAACAAUCUUCCCUGUGAGGGGUACGGAUUCAAAGUGUCCCGGUGCCAGCCCUUUCUGCUGCCUGUGAAUGGCAGCAGAAAAAUUGAGCUCGCCUUCACCCCCGAUUUCACCUUGGCCAGAGUUCAGCGAGUUUUGAAAAUCAGCACGAGUGUGGGCGGAGUCGACGGAGGCGUCAUGAAUUACACGUUGGUGGCGACGGUUCCUGCCGACCUUCUGGGACCCUGUUCAAAGACUCUGCCGAGACCGCCGUGGGAGAAGAAUAUUUACAUGUUCAUCACGGCCUUCAUGCUCAUCCUUCUGGCGCUCAUAAUGGCAGGGGCGCUUGUUGAGGCAGAGAGGAUUCACAAACUUGGUCUCACCAGCGUUUCGGCAGCACUCUCCAAAAACAGGGUAACCAGCAAUGGAGUGAUUCUACCGUCCCCGCAGUCGUCGUUGUCCUCAUUGGCAAUGUCAACGUCCUCCAUUUCAUCAUCGUCUUCAUCGAGUAGUUCGUCCUCUCCGACCUGUCAAACAACCAAAAUCACAGCCGAACCAAUAAAAACGAAGAACAAAGAGUUUGAUCAGGAGAUGGAUACUGCACAGCCAAGACACCACGACGCCAAGGAGGUGACGAAAAUGUCGCCGCAGCCGGCGCACGUGAAAGUGGUGCGACGGAAACUGAGUAAGAAGCAGAGCAACUCUGAUGUGCCAGACAGCAGCCCUGAGAAUCCGCCGUCGCCACCGCCGGCCAAGGAGAUCAGACGGAAGGGCGCGUGGACGGACAUGUUCGGUCGCGGGGCCAAAAGCAAGGAGCUCGAGGCGGAGACCAAGAAAAUAGUACAAAAAGUCAAGAGAGCCAGAGCAUGCGAGUCAGCAACCACUUCCACCACCUCUGGCGAGGGAAGUCCAACGCCGAGCCUCGAGGAGCACUACGAGAACAAAGAGCGACUGGCCAUUCACAGGAAAAACCUGAACGCCGCCUCGCAAAAACUGGACUCGUACGAGCAGGACACUGAGGAGGACAACGAAGAGGGAAAAAGCGUCAAGGGCAAGACUAAGCAGACAAAAUCAAGUUUGGAGCAACCAUUGGAACCUUUGGUGAACAAGAAGAAACUGCCGUUGUUGCUACCCGAGCAGCCCAAGAAGAAGAAGGAAAAGGCGCCGAGAGGAGGCACGCCGAUGCUCUUCCAGCCACAACCGCUGACCAAAAGCAAGAAAAUGACGCCGGUCAACUACAAAGAAAUUAUUAGUACAGAAAUAAUCGUCAUUGCCGAAGCUGAUGUUGCAGAGACGGCCGAGAAGAUGCGACCUCAGACUCCACCGCCACCACCUCGUCCGGCCUCUUCUCCCGUCGAAACACCUGCUUGUCCGUCUCCACUGUACUCGACCGUGCUUUCGCCAUUGGCCGACAGUUCACUCAUCGAUGCAAGCAUGAAAAAGGAAAUUCCGGGGCCCAUUGGUUCUAAAUGCUCAGCCAAAUAUCAACCGAACGGUCUUAACAAUCACUGGAGUGGCACUGGCGAAAUGAGCAAUACUCGCUUGGUCAUGCAUGACAUUUUCGAGCCAACAUCGUUCCGCCAGCAGGACAAUUUGGCAUGGAGCUCGAUGGAAUCGCAGGACUCUUGGACUUCACUUCUGGCCGAUCGGAGGCGCCGCGUCGAGCAGCACGAGAGCAGGUUCGCCUUCUCAAACGGGCCCAGCGAGGGCUCUUGGAACAACUGGAGCUUCGACCCACCAUCACUCAACACGGUCACCUCACCCAACUCGUACAGCCAGCCUAGAUCCGAGACCGAAAGCAAGAGCCUGUGGGCCUACAGCGGAAACGCCACCAGCGCAUGGAACAACACUCCGGCUCAGCCGCCUCCGACACCGCCAGUCGAGUUUAACCUGUUCGAGUCUCCAACCAACCUGUGGAGCAUCCCGACCCAGCAACAGCCACAGUCACCGCCGCAGCCGCAACAACCGCAGACGCAGUCUUGGUUUGGAAGCGCCAACCACAAUAAUCAGGGCUAGAGGCGCCGCCAACGUUUUCUUUCUUUCCUCCCUCUUGUAAUGCGUUUUCAUAAUCACAGGCUCAAAUGAUUGCUAGUCACAAGUGAGCUCUACCUUGGGGUCUUUUUUAAACAAUCGACCGCAGGAAGAAUUUUAGUCGUUAACUUCUAAUUACCGCUCUGGCGUCCGGAGCGAGCUUUUGAUCUGAUUGUGUAGUCUCUCCUGACUAAAACAAAGCUUGUUGGCGUGUGUAAAAAUUAUCGAAAAAAAAAGCGAUUGCUGGGAACCCGGGAUAUUUCAAUAUCGCUGCAUCCGAGGGUGCUCGCUGGACCUGAAGUCAAACUUGCGGCUCGACAUCUUAAUUAUUCAUUAUUUUCAGUCUAUUUUUUUCCGUCAAAAAUGUGUAAUUACGAGAGAAAAAUUGUAAGAUUUGUACGUCGUUCCUUGAAUCCAUUCAGACUUUAGGUGUUAAGAUGAAAAUGACAAAAUUGUUACUUUUUUAACAAGCGACUGAUUUACUAUUUUUUCAUGAGUUAAGUAAAUACUCUUUUUUUUCUUCUAAUUAUUGUCGCUGAAAGAAGCGCCCAUGAGCUCGGUUGGGUUUUCGUCCAGCCCUCCCUUGUCCUCCCUAAAUCAUCCUUGAUUGAGACUCCAUGCACCAUCCUAUCUGGAAGUACAGAAUAAAAUCACUAGUGUCGUAGGCAGACCUCUCUCUUUUGCCCAAUUGUUGUUUAGCACACUCUCCUCUCUCAUUGGACGUUCGGCUGCACAUCCAUCAGUCGUAUACCAUCUUUUUAUUCUCCAUCGCGCAAAGAGAAGCGUCGAUUCGAUUUAAAAAAAAAAAGAAAAUAUAGUCAUGUGUAUAAUAAUUAUUAUUUGAAUUUGUAAACCUGAAACAGGUCUCGCCUUUGAUUUUACUGAUUUUCUCUCAUGCUGACCACCCCCGCUUGGUGGUGUUGUUGAUUAUUUUUUAUUUUCAAACAAAUGUCAAAUGAAUGUCGCCAAAGACAAAUUUGUUUCCUAUUUAAUUUAAUUUUUAGCCCGCUCAAAGUUGAUUGUGUUUUGAUGGAUGUGUGAAAGCUGGGAGGGAAAAUUGAAUAAAAUUUUACACCCAGAAUGCAAACAGAA